AUGGUAGGGAAAGUCAGCGAAAGGGUUCUCCUUCGGGAGGGACUGGAGAGAACCGACAAUGGCAUGAAGCAGACAAGCUGGCCUGAUGUCACGCCGAUUAAUCAGAAGAACUACUACACGGAUUACAUGAAGCGCGAUGACCAGAUCCUUGCUUUGCGACUGCAGGGCGAUGCCACUCGCGAUAGAAUCGUGCAAGCGGCGAAGGAUAGAGACCGCGCCCUUGCCCAAAGUGGUCGCGCCGAGGUUCCUCUCGUCAUUCCAGAGCUCCAACCCGAGGAGGCGCCCACCGAUGCUGCAGCCGGAUUGGACCCUUCAAAGGUCAUUGUCAUCCACCCCGGCAGUCAGAAUCUUCGCAUCGGCUUCGCUAGCGAUGCCCUCCCGAAGUCGAUACCCAUGACACUUGCGACAAAGUUCCCACAGACCGAGGCGGAGAUGCACGAAGCCCUUCCUCGCCGACAAUUCGAGGCCAAGACACAGGAUCAGCAAUACGGCGAAGAAUGGUCCAAGAAGUACGCGAAAAUGUGCAAUGAUCUCAAGCUGGAUAUGCGCGCCAACAAGCGCAAGGUCUUGCCAAACUCCAAGGAGCUGGUACUGAACUACAAUCGCCGGACCGAGCCUGAGAUCAUCCAGACCCAUAACGACCCUUUGCAGAUCGAGUGGACCGAUAUAAAUGACCUGGAAGAUCCCAAGUCAUCUGCCUCCUGCUUCAUUGGCAAUCAGGCUCAGAGAGUUCCAGAUGACUCUCAACCGAAGUUCAAGCUCUGGUGGCCGAUACAGCAAGGAGUGUUGAACGAGGAUGAUUACACCAAUGCCGAACAUCUGUUCGACGACUUCGAGACUCUACUGGACAAGGCCAUCCGACAGGAACUCGGGCUCACUAAGAACAGCACGUGGAGACAAUACAGCUGUGUCUUCGUCAUUCCUGAUCUCUACGACAAGCGCUACGUCGAGCAAGUCCUCAGGUCCUGCAUGACGUGGUUCGAGUUCAACCGCAUUUGCUUCAUCCAAGAGAGUAUGGCGGCUACCUUUGGAGCCGGAUAUACGCAAGCCUGUGUCGUUGACGUUGGAGCCCAGAAGACCUCCAUUACGUGCGUUGAGGACGGGCUUUGCGUCGAGGAUUCUCGCAUCAACUUGAAGUACGGAGGAUGGGAUGUAACGGAGACAUUCAUGAAGAUGCUGCUCUACGACAACUUCCCCUACCAGGAAAUCAACCUGAGAAGACGGUACGAUUUCUUGCUUGCCGAGGAGCUCAAGAUCAAGCAUUGCACCAUGUCACAAGCAGACAUCUCCGUGCAGCUAUACCAAUUUCACUUACGAGCGCCGAACCAGCCGACCUCCAAGUAUCAGUUCAAGACGUACGACGAGGUCAUUCUCGCUCCCAUGGGCUUUUACGACCCUGCCAUCUUCGACAACAGUACGAAGUUAAGAAGCAGGCGCAAGUUGAUUGACCGGUCGUAUAAUGCCUACGACGUCGACAUCCCGGACGACCCGACCUCGGCUGCGCAGUUUGCUGUACUGGCUCUGGUGAAGCCAUCUUUGAAUGCGGCUCCUACGAAUGGCUUCGUUCAGUCCCAGAACGACGUGUCGACACCUAUCAAAGAAAAGCUUCAGCCGUUUGACUUCCUCAAAAGGGGCGACGGCAUUAACGGUACUCCUUCUGGAUCCAACGCUCCGUCGCCAGCUCCGGACGGGGUCAACACUCCAGUCCCCUUUGUAUUCGGCGCAAACAGAGAGGGUGCCAACGGCGGAAGUCCCGCUCCUCCCCUGCCAAACGGUGGCACACCGGGGCCGAACGGCGCUACAGCUCCCCAGCCGCCGGCGGGCAUGUUUGUUGAUUCUGCAGCGCGCAGUGCGAAGGCUCAGGCCAUUGAACGUGAUAGUGUCUUGCCGACGGCGCCGCUGGACAUUGCGAUUCUUACCAGUAUCAACAACGCCGCCAAGGGCGACGACAAGAAGCUGCGAGAUUACCUUGGCAGCAUCAUGGUCGUCGGUGGCGGUUCAAAAACGCCACAGUUCACUGUCGUGCUUGAAGAGAAGCUCAAGGCAAGAAGACCUGAUCUUUUCGAUCGCAUUCUCGUCAGUAGGAGCGCCAGAGACAUGGACGAACAAGUUGUUACUUGGAAGGGAGCCAGUGUCUUUGCCAAACUCCCGGCGAAUGAUUCCUGGGUCACACCGUUUGAAUUCGAGCGGCUCGGGGCGCGUGUACUACACCACAAAGUGCUCUGGGCCUGGUAA